AUGUCUUCACCGAAACUCUUCGCCGUCAUCGCCGGAGUGGGCGAAGGCACGGGCGCAGCAUUGGCGCGCCGCUUCGCAAAGGCAUAUCCCGUCGUGCUGCUCGCGCGGAAAGAGUCGAGUUUCAAAUCGCUCGUCGACGAAAUCCAGGCCUCGGGACAGACGGCCUUGGGCAUCUCUACCGACGUCUCGCAGGGCGACAGCGUCAAGUCGGCCUUUGAGCAGGUCAAGAAGACGUUUGGAAGUGAUGUUUCGUGUGCGGCAGCCGUGUUCAACGCCAGCGGUGCUUUUUCUCGAAAACCCUUCCUGGAGUUGACGGAAGACGACUUCACCCGUCCCUACUCCGUGAGCGGCAUCGGCGCCUUCCACUUCUCCCAAGCAGUCCUGCCCCUCCUGCUCAAACACGCAGACCCCACCCACCUCCCGCCCACCCUAAUCUUCACCGGCGCGACCGCCUCGCUCAAAGCCUCCGUCGGCUUCUCCGGCUUCGCCGCCGCCAAAUUCUCCCAGCGCGCCCUGGCGCAGGCCCUCGCGCGCGAGUUCGGCCCGCAAGGCGUGCACGUCUCGCACGUCGUUAUUGACGGACUAAUCGACACGCCCGGCACCGCGGGCUGGAUGCAGGAUGCGGGCCCGAAUGGCAAGUUGCAGCCGCCCGCCAUUGCGGAGUUUUAUUGGGGAUUGCAUGCGCAGCCGCUGUCGACAUUUACGUUUGAGACGGAGAUUCGGCCGUUCAAGGAAAAGUGGUAG